AUGGAUAAAGCGAUGAUUGAGUUAUCUUUAGAUGAGGUGGACGAACCGUUCGAUAUGCCUAAUCUACCUCAAUUCAAGUCGACGGAACGAAACGCAAGGAGCUUAAUCGGGAGAAUCCUUAACCCGGAUUGUCAAAAGAUGUUCAACUUGAUUCUCAAUAUGCCUAGGAAGUGGCAGAAGCUAGGCAGAGUAAAGGGUAUAGCUCUAUCAAAGGAACGAUUUCAGUUCAUUUUCGAUCAUGAACACGACUUGGUUGAAAUUCUAGAGAAGGGGGUUCAUACUUUUAACGAUUGGACGCUAGCCAUAGACCGAUGGGUUGAAGUUCCUCCUCCGGAUUAUCUGCUAUUCAUUCCAGUAUGGGUUCAGAUUCGCAAUAUGCCAGUGAAUUAUUAUACAGAGGAGGCGAUUACGGCGCUGGGGGAAUUGAUAGGUGAAGUUAAAGUGGUUGCAUUUGAUCUGGAAAAGUCUCAGAGCCGAGAGUAUGUACGAGUUUUGGUGCGCUUCAACGUGACAAGACCAUUAAGGAAGUCAAAGGAUGUAUGUCCUCUGCUGGUACGAAAAAGAAAGGAGCUGACCUUGGAAAGAAGACAGAGGAUUAUCAUGGACAAAGCAGCUUCUAAGGAGCAAGUUGGUUUAUGCAAGGAGACAGGUCGAAGGAAGUUAUCUCCGGAGGUUCUGGAGGAAAUGAGGCGUUACAUGAUGGUGGCCACAGAGGCGGAUAAAUAA